AUGUCGUCCCCGGAUCGCCGAGCAGGCUCAAAGCGGCCUAGAACGCAAUCGCUACCGCCGCCGAAACUUCCCCAAUUAGUCGCGGAACAAAGUACGCCUAUUCCGCCAACGGACAAGGAUUCGCAAAGACUUAUCGUUGUGUUGUCCAACGCCAGUCUCGAGACCUACAAAGCGUCACACAGUACCACCAGUCGCACUGGUAUACACCGAGAGGAAAAAUACUCGCUGUUAAACAGUGAUGAACAUAUCGGGGUUAUGCGUAAAAUGAACCGCGACAUUAGCGAUGCUCGCCCUGAUAUUACUCAUCAGUGCCUUCUCACCUUGUUGGAUUCACCUAUAAACAAAGCCGGGAAGCUACAAAUCUACAUUCAUACUGCCAAGGGUGUUCUCAUCGAGGUUUCUCCCUCGGUACGAAUUCCUCGUACAUUCAAGAGAUUUGCCGGUCUCAUGGUGCAACUGCUGCACCGUCUGUCGAUUCGGUCCACGAACUCAAAUGAAAAACUCCUGAGAGUGAUUCAAAACCCUAUUACUGAUCACCUGCCACCAAAUUGCCGAAAAGUCACGUUGAGUUUCGAUUCGUCGCUAGUUCGUGUACGCGAAUACGUUGAAUCGGUUGGCUCCAAGGAGAGUAUCUGCGUAUUCGUCGGAGCUAUGGCCAAAGGGGCGGACACAUUCGCUGACUCUAUGGUUGACGAAAAAAUUUCCAUCAGCAACUAUUCACUUUCUGCCAGCGUAGCCUUCCGCUCCGCUCAUCUUCAAGCCCUUGGCUUCCUCGUUGGGGAAAUUUGCUCGGGUUCGCACAAAAGUGACACAAAGGCUGCUGUUGGGCUGAUCAUCGAACAACGCGAGCAGAUUGAGGGCUCUGGUUCCUGA